AUAACACUCUUUACUUUUCUACGUUAAUCUUCUAAUUUCGAAUAAUCAACAAAUAUUAAAAUCCUGCGAAGACCUGUCUCAGAUUCUUACAUCACUGUGCAAUAUACAAUCAUUGAAUAAGGUUAAUACAACGGCUCAGAAACACAUUGUCCAACAUGGACAUAGACGAUACCCCCAUAUUCAAAUUGGAGGAGCUUGAAGCUCAUCUCCAGGAUUUGGUUAAAUCUCCAGAUACCCCAAUCGAUACAAAACUUUUCGAUGCCGUAGAGCUGCAACUUACAGAAUACAAUAUCUCCCCUCUGAUCCCGAAGCUACUUCCUACCAUUACUCAGAUCCUCCUUACCACACAACAAGACCCUACAGUACUCGCCAGUCUAUCCGUAAAGUUGUUACAGCCAAUCACAUUUCCCCAAGCUCUCCAGUUGGCUUCCGAAGACGCUUUGAUUCUCGCACUUCGAUCUCCCAUACCUGCUGCAAAUAUUCUUGCCAUAACAAUCAUUCAAAAGGCCACCAAAAGUUCCGCAGACGUAGCGAAUCUAUCUGGUAUGAGAGGAGUGGUCGAGAAUUAUAUCCGAAUAUGGCUUAGCAGCCCUCAUGUCGGAGUUGGAGAGAAAGCUACGCGAGUGCUAGGAGAACUCUUAGAUGUCGACUCUGUUCGAGAAUUGACACACAUCACAAAUGGAGUAGGAAACAUGGAUAUCGACUCUCAGCGACCACCUGGACAAGGAGCGCUUUGGCGAAGAAUAUUUCAAGACGUCGAAAUCUACGAAAUACUUUUCUCGCUCUGUAGCUUGAAGACUAUCGGCAAAGGUGAUGGCCAAUUGGAUGAGAAACAAAAGACACUUGCUCAAGCUCGUUUAUUGAGAAUUCUUCCUCGUUUGGUAACCGUGGGCUUUGAUUACCUCACCCGUCCAACGUUGAGCCAAGUCGACAAGGAGUAUAUAUCGCCACAGGAUGAUGGGAAACUCGGGCUACUCUACUUCGCGGCAAUGGAAAUGGUGGAUAAAGAAGACCUGCUUAUGCACAUGACGCUGACUAUUUUCUUUUUGGAAUUACUGGAGGCACUGAGUACUGUGGAAUGGUUCUUCGGCCCGAGACAGACUUAUGUCGCUGAAAUGAUGAGGAAAGCUAUGGAGUCAGACGUGGAGUUACGUCAAUCGAUUGAGGGUGUGACUCUAUCGCCAGAAUCAACCUCUCAGACGAAAGAAUUGAUAAAUUCUUUAAAGCUACUAUCUUAGAUGCGGCGUUAGUUAUUCAAGCCAUACCCUUUGAUUUCAACAGCAUAUAGAGUUUGCAGCUCGGAUCGUCGUCUUGAAAACCUUGAUAGCAUAUCUCCCGCUUCUCCCGUGUGUAACCUGUAGUUAAGGGGGCAUCGCUAGAGAAUCAUUGACUAAUGACAUGAUAUAAAAAGGGUCAUAUUGGUAAUGGAAUAGUUUAAGAAAUGACCAAAGAAAUUGGUAACAGCACAAUUACAGGUUGCAUAGGUUUGGCUUCUUGGUGCUGCAUCUAAUCAUAACGUUGGCGUGCGGUUAAUACCGUUGAUAUCAAUAUUCCAAGCAUUAGCUGAAAGUUGUAGAAGAGAAAAUGAACAUGUUGCAUUGCCUUCA